AUGCGGGCGCUCGUCGCCCUGGCCGCGCUGCUGGGCAGCCUGCUCCUCUUCCUGUGCCUCGCGUGGCUUUCCGCCGACGGCGCCUGGAGGGCGAGGGACUGGGAGAAGGAGGUCAAGAGCACCACCGACGCCACCCCCCGACUGAUGAGAUCCCUCCGAUCUCCUUUAGCGUCUCUCCAACUCUCCACCAACAGAACAACUCCUAAUCAGACUGGAAUUCAGAAGCCAGAGCAAGCCUCCAAAUGCAAAGAGAUGUGGAGUAACAGUUGGGCUGCAACCGUCAAGAGAAAAAGGUAUGCAGAAGACUAUUAUUUGCAGGUUGUUGGAAAACUACAGAACUGCACAUGGAACAAGAGGCCACAAGAAUAUGCCAAGUUCAAGUCAGAGCUUUCCUCAUGCUGUGAUGCUGCUCACAACUUUAUCACUUCACAAAACAACACCCCACUGGGAAGCAACAUGAGUUAUGAGGUGGACAAUAAAAAAACCAUCCACAUCACACAGGAAAUAUUCAAGAUGCUGCCUGAAUCUCAGCCUCUAGAGUAUCCCUUCAAGAACUGUGCAGUGGUGGGAAAUGGAGGGAUUCUGAAGACUUCCAACUGUGGAGCAGAAAUUGAUCAAUCUGACUUUGUUUUCAGGUGCAACCUUCCUCCUACCGUGGGAAGCAUCAGACAAGAUGUUGGCAGUAAAACAAAUCUUGUGACUAUCAACCCAAGCAUUAUAGCUCAGAAAUAUAACAAACUGAAUGAAAAGAAGGCCGCCUUCCUGGAAAACGUUGCAAGCUACGGAGAUGCUUUCCUUUUGUUACCAGCUUUUUCCUUCAGGAGCAACACUGCUGCAUCUUUCAAAGUGCAUCACACUCUGAAGGAAUUCAGUGCAAAACAAAAAGCCAUCUUUUUCUAUCCCCGAUACCUCAGAAGCCUUGCCCAGUUCUGGAGGACUAAGGGAGUCAAAGCCUAUCGGCUGUCUUCAGGCUUUAUGAUCACCAGCGCUGCUGUGGAACUGUGUGAGAAUGUAAAGCUAUAUGGCUUCUGGCCUUUCUCCAAAAAUAUAGCAGGUACUCCAAUCAGCCACCACUACUACGACAACCAGCUCCCCAAGCCUGGUUUCCAUGCAAUGCCCAAAGAGUAUAACCAGAUACUCCAGCUUCAUGGAAGGGGUAUCCUCAAGCUGCAAUUUGGCAAAUGUCUACCUGACUAGACCAAGAGUGAUGAUUGCCAAGGAAAGCAUUGGUAUGCGCCUCACACAGUUCUAUGUUGGAUUUGAUCAAAUGUCUACUUGUGAGCAUAAAAUUGUGCUAUUAUAAUUCAAAAAAUAUUUUGCACUUAAGAAUGCCAGUCUUCUUCUUCUUCUUCUUCUUCUUUUUGUUAUAUAGUGGCCUGCGUGAUUUUAGAUUCCUGUAAUCUGACUUUUUACAUAAACAAGGUUUUCAAAAUCCAGUGUAUUUACUACAGUGAACAAAGCACAAUCUCAGGAUGAUAGCUGUUUGUGAAGUUUGUAAGGUUUUUGCUUGCUAAGUAGUCGUAUUUUUUUAAGUGAUAUUGUUUUGUUAAUGCCCUCUAGGAUGGCUGAAAGAUGUCUACAUUAGUAGCUUGGUUAUACUGUACGACUUCCUUUUUUGCUAAUAUGUGAAAUACAUACCUGAUUAUACAUUCAGCCAUGGAUUUUCUCCUUGGCAGUCUUACAUGGUAUAUAGAAUCAUAAAAAAUGCAAAGAACCUUAUGGGCAAUCUAGUCUAAUACCCUGAUCAUGCAGGAAAUCCAAAAUUAGAUCAUUCGGGAAUCCCAACGAACGAGUGCCUAGCCUCCAGUGAUGAAAAUCCCACUCUCCAUCAUUGAAUGGUUACCAUUGGGAAAUUUCUCCUAAUGUUUAACUGAGAUCUAGCCUCCUGUAGCUUAAACCCAUUAGAUAUAGUAAUGCCCUGUGGAGCAGCCUAGGAGUCUUUGUCUUCUCUUAUGUGAUUGGCAUUAAAGUAUACAAAGGUGCAGUCAUGUCUCCCCACACAGCCCAGUCCCCUAUUAUUAGGGCCAAAUAUCCAGUUCCUUCAACUUUUCCUCAAAGGACUCUUUCUUACAGAUCUCCAGCUGUCUUCAUUACCCUCUUCUAAAGCCAUUUAGGAACUAUUUUACCAUUUUAUGUACUAUUGUAUGAACUAGACUGUAUUCUAAAUAACUUCUCUGAUAUGAUGUCCAAAAUCUUUCUUUGAAAGUAAAGAUGUGGUCUGAAUUGA